AUGGAAACCUUAGCACUGUUCUUCUUCUUCCUCUUCUUUUCCUUUACGCAACCAGUUCUUUGUGCCGAUGUUUGCACCCCUGCAUCUUGUGACAGUGUUCAAGGGCCGAGAAUCCGGUUUCCGUUCCGGCUGAUAGGCCGGCAACCGGAGCAUUGCGGCUAUCCGGGCUUCCACCUUUUUUGCAACAACCAAAGCCAAACAAUUCUUAGGCUUCCACUGUCCGGUGAAUUUGUAGUAGACUACAUAGAUUACACUCGUCAGACCAUUCUUAUCGAUAAUCCUGAUGACUGUGAUCCAAAAAGAAUCCUGAAUUUCAGUCUUUCGCGAACUCCUUUUGGGGGUACCUAUACGAGGAAAAUCACUUUCCUUAACUGCUCCUCCGACUGGACAGAGUACAUGUCAUAUGAUCUUUUUCCAUUUUUUUGCCUAAGUGGUGAAAACUAUGUUGUUAUGGCUAUGGCUUCGUAUUCAUCAGCUCAACAGAUUCCACCUUCCUGUCGCAUGAUUUCUAAUGUUUCAGUUCCCACACAGGCACAGAACUAUGUUUCUCAGUAUCAGUCAUCAAGGCAAAUCAGGGUGGAUUUUCAGUUGACGUGGAAUGAACCUGGAUGCAGAUCUUGUGAAGCUAAUGGCGGGAUUUGUGGGUUCAAAGACAAUACAGUUCUUGAAGUUGGUUGCUCAAAACCUCCUAAUCAUGGUCUUCCCAGAAGUGCCAAAUAUGGGAUUAUCAUUGGCGUUGGAAUACCGGGACUCUUGUGCUUAAUCGUACUUGCCUGUUUUGCAUUUGGUAGGAUCAGGGCUUUGAGUCACCGUCGUUUAAACAUUAGUGAGCUCCCUACCAUUACAAUCUCUCAGCAGCCGGUGGUCAGAGCUGCUGGCCUCGAUGGGCCAACCAUCGCGUCUUACCCCAAGACAGUGCUCGGGGAGAGCCGAAGGCUUCCAAAGUCUAGUGACAGCACUUGUUCGAUAUGCCUAUCCGACUACGAGCCCAAGGAGACAUUAAGGUCCAUUCCAGAGUGCAACCACUAUUUUCAUGCCAAUUGCAUAGACGAAUGGCUUAAGCUCAAUGGAACAUGCCCCGUAUGCCGCAAUUCACCGGAGAGUUCAAUUGGGACGCCUUGCUCGUCAAUGUCUUCCUCGUAUUCAUUGUCAUCCUCGGACCAUCAUUAG